GGCAUCUGUGGUGGUCAUGGCGUGAAUAGGGAUGUGUGUUUGGAGCCGCGGGGUGGGGCCGAAGGAGAUGGGAGGAGACACUCCCAGACAUCCUGGGAGAACCACGGCGAGAGGAUCCCUCAGCGCGGUCAUUUCCCACGACCUUUACCCGAUGGGACAGAGCUGAUCCAGACUGGGGGAGUCGACAGAUUUCGUGCGCCCCAAGGUUGCUCAAGAAGCGCAGUUCGCGGGGCAAGAGACGAGGACGCCGGCGUAGAGGACCGACUGUCCCCUGCCACUCAGACGAUCCACGAUAGUCUCCUCCCUGGACUACACACUCCCUCGCGGGUCUGUCCCCGGGCACAGAUUCUCCACCUCGGACGACUUCCAAGCCGGGGGCGGUCUCUAGGGCUAGAGCACCGGGGUCCUUGGAGGCGUCUUUAAGGCUUUGGUCCCCGCCCUCAUCGCCCGCCCUCUUCCCUCCUCCUUGCGCGCGGAUCCAGCGGCUAGGCGCGCUGAGCAGGUGCGGGCCAUCGUAUGAGGCUGCCGGGGCCGCGGUGGUAGCGGCGCCGGGCGCUCGCCCGCCCCAUCUCCGGGCCACUCUCAGGCUCCGGUGCGCGGGGACAUGUCGGUGGUGACUGGCGGCGGUGAGGCGGCCGGCGGGGCCGGCGGCGGUGGCGCGCGCGUCUUCUUCCAGAGUCCCCGCGGUGGCACCGGCGGCAGCCCAGGAUCGAGCAGCGGCUCCGGCUCCUCAAGGGAGGACUCGGCGCCGGUGACCACGGUGGCCGCCGCCGGGCAAGUCCAACAGCAGCAGCGACGCCACCAGCAGGGAAAAGUGACAGUGAAAUACGACCGUAAGGAGCUUCGGAAGCGGUUGGUGCUGGAAGAAUGGAUCGUGGAGCAACUGGGUCAGCUGUACGGCUGCGAGGAAGAAGAAAUGCCAGACGUAGAAAUUGACAUUGAUGAUCUCCUUGAUGCCGACAGCGAGGAGGAAAGAGCUUCGAAAUUACAGGAAGCUCUCGUAGACUGCUAUAAACCAACAGAGGAAUUUAUCAGAGAGCUGCUCUCCCGGAUAAGAGGCAUGAGGAAGCUGAGCCCUCCGCAGAAGAAGAACGUAUGAUUUUGCAACAGGGUAAAAUUCUCUCGGAGAUGAAGAAAGCGAACUGAGAUUUGGACUCCACAGAUACUUUUAUUAGAAAAAAAUAACCAUAGUUGUCUUUACAACAACAUUUUUUGGUGUGUAUGUUGGGGGGGGGUUAGACAUUUAUUCAAAAGUGUUCCUUCUUUUGUCGUUUUAAAGGGUUUUCAUUACUGUAAUAUUUUAAUGGCAAAGCUACUACAGCUUGGACUGUAGCCCAACCAAGGACUAUCAAAGCAGACGCAUUCACAAGGAUGGGCAAGGCCAGGCCAUGUCUUUUGUAAGGACUCAGCCAUAAUUUUAAGAUCUCACUAUACAGGGAAGAUGGUUUUCUUACAGUCAGUUUGGUAAGACACUUUUAAGUUACACACUUGACAGAUGUCGAAAGGAGCUCACGCUUGUAUAUAUCCACACACACUAAGUUUCAAAUAGAGAUGUAAGCUUUGUAGCAGGUUCAUGGAAUAAGCCUGUGCUUGUCCUGUUAGACAUGGUCACGACACAUGUGUUCUCAAAAGGCCUCUAGACGUUCUUCAGACAAAUGCGGUCCACCUUCAGCAUCCACUUUCUGCCCCAAAGUGAAAGACCUCGGUGUGUUCCUUAUUAUAAUGAGCUGUACUACACAUGUGUUGAGUUGGUCAAGGGCUUAAUUAAUAAAUUUUAUUAUUUUAUUGGUUGA